AUGCGAACGCUCAUUGAUACUCUUCAAGCGACCGAUGAGCCUCCACUAGCGUCGUACUUCUUCUUCAAGGAUGACGAUGACAGCCUCCGCGACUACGAUGAUGCCCUCAGCACCGUGGUUUAUCAGUUGCUGUCGCAGGAUCACACACUCGUGCAACAUGCUCGGGCGCCACAAAAAGAGCACGGGGACGCAAUUAAGCAACAGACCGAGGUCGUGUGGCAGAUCAUCACAAGAAUAGCUGCUGAAGCGAAACGCGACGUCUAUUGCAUUUUUGAUGCAGUCGAUGAGUGCGCUGGAGAAGGCCGCAAGCGAUUUUUGACCGACUUAUCAAGUGUAUUUGGCAAUUCUCUUCAAACACAUUCUCGAUUAAAAGUGGUCAUAUCUUCUCGUCCGUGGGAAGAAGAAACUCAGUUGUUCACCGAACUAUUGGGGUCUCCAAGGACCAGUCAUCUAGUGGGCGAGAAUGCCACGGUUCAGUCUGACAUUCGCAGUGUCAUUCGACUGAAAGUCAAGGAAAUAGCCAAGGAGAAGCAUCUCGACGGAAACACAGAAGCUUUGCUUUUGGAAAGGCUUAUCAGGAAAAACGUGCGGACAAGAUCGUUCUUGGCCGUUCGAAUGGCGUUUGAGUUGUUGCGCUCAGAUGCGAGAAUGAACCGAGAGGCGACAGAAGAGAUCAUUGACGAAAUUCUUGCCGGUGUCCCCCAACAACUUGGGGACCAGUUCAACAACAUGUUGCACCACAGCCCAGACAAGGAACACGCUUGGAGGCUUCUCUGCGUUAUCCUCGCAGCGCGAAGAACAAUCAAAAUUCCAGAGUUCAAAGUCAUUUAUGCUCUCACUCAGAGAUCAUGCAGCAACCUUGGUCUGGCGAAGUCGUAUGACGAGCUCGAUCUAACAGCCAACGACGAGGAAUUUAAGAGCAUGGUACGGGCUCGAUGUGGUCUGUUCAUAACCUUCGGCAAGAACUCGGUCUACUUGUUUCAUCAGACAGCGAGGGAGUUCUUGAUGACCACAGAAGACAUGGCUGUGGCUCCGCCCUUCGAUCGAUUGGCGCAGAAUCCAGGCAGUCUUGACGACAACGAAGUAGCUUCUUGGAAAGGCUGUAUUUCGAAGGAAGAUGCCAACCUGGUCUGCGCCACUGUCUGUCUAGACAUCCUGAACAUGGACAUAUCCCGCCAACGAAUACUUGAAAUAUUCGACACCCUUAACGCCGGAAACGAUAUGUUUCAGGACAUACAAGAUUUCGUUUCGCCACGCCCAUUCUUCAUGUACGCAGCGUUCAACUGGCAUGAACACAUCAUCCUCAGCGGUGACGGCGCUUCAAAGACUCUGCUGGACGAUAAAUAUUGCGCAAUUCUGGAUAUUGGCAAGCCAAAAUUUUGGGCUUGGUUCCUUCCCCUCAAUGAGUACAUCAACACCAGCACUGUUCAUCCAAAAGCAGUCAUCUCCAGUGUCUGGGCACCAGACGAGAAGAAACGUCGGCACAGCGUCCAAUAUGGACUCUUUCUGAGAGAAAGCUGUCUGCAGAAUCUUUUUCCAAUGGGUAGCAAGGUCCAUGCUCUGUUCAAAGAUGCGGACCCGGUGCCAAAGUAA